GCGAUGCAAGUCCUUCUGACCUCGAGAUGGACUACUACGAUCUGGCAAUCCCACUUGAGCAUGAGGAAGUGGUAUCUGCCAGCCAUGACCUCCCAUGCUACUCAGGAGCUGCAUCUCCAACUAAGCACUGGGCAACGGCAGCACUAGAGGUCCCGGCUGAUCCCUCUGCACGUAUACUUGAGGGAACUGAGUACCAAAAGUGCCUCGGAUCAUGUGGUGCUUGUUGUACAAGACGGAAGGGAACAACAGUAGCUACACAGACAACAGCAUCGGACUUCAGAUCUGCUGGCUUGGUCAGCACCUCCACCCAAUGCAACAUGGAGCUGGAGCGGUUGGUAGCUCUAAGGUCGACCGCUGUGCAAACGGAUGACGCCACUCCUGCCAUGGCAGCCCCUCUGACAUCAUCACCAGUGCGUCCCCGUUCACAAGAGCUUCCACCAUGCCCAGAGUCUCCGAUCCUGCAUUCUUCACCAGCUGAGGCAGGUGGCAGUGAAGAUGAGGUCGAUGAAGGAGACCGGACAUAUUACCCUUCAAUGGAUGGGAGCACCUUAGAGGAGACACAAAGCGAGACAAAGCUCUACGAGGAGCCAAAAUACAUUGUUUUUGAGAGCUGCCUCACCGAGCUGUUCAAGACAUGCCGGGAGUGCUUCCAGCCCUGCAGAUGCUCCUUUACGACCAGUGGAACACUGGUGACAGUGCUGGCGGAGUGUCACCAGGGUCACACCUUUCAGUGGACGAGCCAGCCACACAUAGGCAAAAAGGCAGCAGGGAAUGCCUUGCUUUCUGCUGCACUUCUGUAUAGCGGCUCGAGCCCCACCUGCACUUUACGCAUGCUGAGGCAAAUGCGUGUCCAGGUGCUCACAGACCGCCAGUAUUACCGGUAUCAGGGUGCAUACCUAUUCCCUACGGUCAAUAAGGUGUACAAACAACAACAGGAGGGGCUCCUCGAGGACCUGGGCACCGACCCCACUUCUCUUGCCUCAGAUGGCAGGUGUGACUCGCCUGGCCACAGCGCAAAGUUCCUGACUUACAGCUUCUACUCUGAUAGGCUAAACAAAAUUAUACACUUUGAGCAAGUUCAGGUGAAGGAGUCCACGGAAGUGCAGGCUAGCAGCCAUAUGGAGAAGGAGGGUCUUGUGCGAGGACUGAAGUUUAUGGAGGACAACCAUGUCCAUGUGGCCUCUCUCACGACUGACCGGCACCCGGCCACAAAAAAGUACAUGCGCACCGCCAAGCCAGGCAUCAAACACUAUUUCGACGUGUGGCAUGUGUCGAAAGGCAUAAAGAAGAAGCUCUCAGCCUCCAGCAACACUGUAGCCACAAGGGACCUCAAACAGUGGAUACCAGCCACCGUCAACCAUAUAUAUUGGUGCGCUGCUGUGAGUGGUGGUGACGGUGACUUGCUGGCUGCCAUGUGGAAGAGCUCCGUAAAUCACGUGGCUAACAUCCAUGAGGGUCAUGACCCCAGCUACCCACGUUGUCUGCACAAGCCCAACCAGGAGUCAGCCUGGCUUCAGCCUGGAUCUGUAGCACAUGCAAAGUUCAAGGCCAUUGUUACUGCUCCCCUCCUGCUGAAAGAUAUACCCCAACUGUCCCCUGCCACGCAGACAUAUGGCCUAGAAAGUUUCCAUAGCGUGCUCAACAACUUCGCACCAAAGUCAACGGCAUUUUCCCCUGAAGGAAUGUUGGAGCGAACAUCCCUCGCCAUUCUCCACUUCAAUGAAAAUUCCUGCCGCAAACAAGCACAGACUUUGACUGCUGAAGAGCGUUGGAAACUGAAGGUGCCAAAAGGCAGGGGAGGGCACAUCAUUGCAUGCCCAGUGAAGGAGGAUGCAACAUUCAGUUAUGUUGACAUCCUCCUCGACGAGACACUUCUAAGAUGCUCCUCCCUACCUUCAUUUAAAGCAGCACUUGAGGAAGCAACCCCACUUGCCACCCCACCAAUGACCUCUGACACCUACCCACGACAACGCCGGGAGGACAUCAUUGAGGCCCGCAAGAGCAGAUUCGUGCAGCAUCCCCAGUGAUGGCUUGGCCAACAGAUAUGAGCUGGCACUGGCAGCACCU